CCUUUUCUUAUUAAAAGGUUUCCAAGCUACACAGAACCACAAAAUCUAACAGGUGUCUCAGAAUUCCUCCUCCUGGAACUCUCAGAGGAUCCUGAACUGCAGCCCGUCCUCGCUGGGCUGCUCCUGUCCAUGUACCUGGUCACGGUGCUGGGGAACCUGCUCAUCAUCCUGGCCGUUGGCUCUGACUCCCACCUCCACACCCCCAUGUACUUCUUCCUCUCCAACCUGUCCUUGGCUGACAUCGGUUUUACCUCCACCACCGUCCCCAAGGUGAUUGUGGACAUCCAGUCUCACAGCAGCGUCAUCUCCUAUGUGGGCUGCCUGACUCAGGUGUCUCUUUUUACCCUUUUUGGAUGUAUGGAAGACAUGCUUCUGGCUCUGAUGGCCUAUGACCGGUUUGUGGCCAUCUGUCACCCCCUGCACUACCCAGUCAUCAUGAGCCCACGCCUCUGUGGCUUCUUAGUUUUGGUGUCUUUUCUUCUUAGCCUGGUGGAAUCCCAGCUGCACAAUUUCACUGUGUUACAAUUCACCUGCUUCAAGGAUGCGGACAUCUCGUCUUUCUUCUGUGACCCUUCUCAACUCCUCAGCCUUGCCUGUUCUGACACCUUCCUCAACAACAUAGUCGUGUAUUUCGGUGCUUCCAUAUUUGGGUUUCUUCCUAUUUCUGGGGUCCUCUUCUCCUACUAUAAAAUUAUUUCCUCCAUUUUGAGAGUUUCAUCAUUAGGUGGGAGAUAUAAAGUCUUCUCCACCUGUGGCUCUCACCUGACAGUUGUUUGCUUAUUUUAUGGAACAGGCCUUGGCGUGUACCUCAGUUCAGCUGUGUCACCUUCUCCCAGGAAGGCUGCGGUGGCCUCAGUGAUGUACACUGUAGUCAGCCCCAUGCUGAACCCCUUCAUCUACAGCCUGAGAAACAGGGACAUUAAAAAGGCCCUGUGGAAGCUGCAAAACAGGACAGUCUAGUCUCAUUAUCCAUCCUAUUGUUUUUCUUGUGUGAGUUAGAAAAGGCAGCAACAUUAAUUAUCUGAACCUGCAAGUCAUGGCCCCUGCCCACAUUUCCUGUGCGAAUAGUGCUUUCUUUGUUAUAUCUUUAAUUGGAAUAAGUGAAUAUUCUGGUAUCCUUUGUUCAUCACAAACAUCACGACUGAAUCCAAUACACCUGGACAGCCUCCUUUAGUUUCUGAGGAAUGACGCUCGUAUCCAGGUAAAAUCACAACUCUCUUUUUAUACAGAGGAAG